AUGCUCCUCUCCGCUUUGGUGCUGCUCCCACUGGCAGUUGCCACCCUCAUACCCAGGGAAGUUCUUUUCUCGGACCCAAAAUACUCGUCGGUAUCGCUCAGCCCGGAUGGAAGGCUUGUCGCCUAUAUAGCACCGGACGAGAACAAAGUGAAGAAUGUGUUUGUGAAAUGCACGAACUGUGAACAUACUCGGCAAACUGGUGUGGAAAACGUGAUCAUCUAUGCGCAAGACAACAAUGGCGAUGAGAACACGAUGCUCUUUAAGAAGAACAUUUCAGAGGGUCUUCUGGAAAGUCUCUAUCACUUUUAA